CGCAAGUAACCUGUGUCUUAUGGGGAUCACUUGUCGAGGAAUUGAAAACAUUUAUGGAGAACAAAUCAGCAGAAGACAAAGAGCCUGUAAUGGUGGCAUUGCAAUUUGCAAAGAUAUCCACAUUCAGAGGCCAAAUCAAGGUUUCCUCGAUGAAGAAUGCGAGCAAAUUUUUUAUCUGUCCAGAUAUAAAAGAAGUGAAAGAUUUUAUACUAAGGCGUGGUGUUAGUAGAUCUUCUAGCUGUAAUGAUACCAUUACCGAUAUAUCUAUCGGUCAACAAGCACUGAAUAGGAAUGAAUGGUUGGAUGCUGCUCAUGCAAGAAGGUUAUGCGACUUGAUAAAAUCAGAAGAGUGUGGAACAUUUAACUGCAAAGGGACAAUAUUGGACUUUCACCCGCAAGAGUCGUGGUAUUAUGAAGCAUGUGGAAAUGAUAGAUGCUUGAAAGGGAUUGCCAAAGGAAGCACUAUCGGAGAUCAUUGCAAAAAGUGCAAACGUCCAAUUGGGUCAAUUAUUAUAAGGUACUUGAUGAAGGUACUUGUAGGCGAUGAAAUUGAUCAGACGUAUUUCACGAUUUUUGAGGAUUAUGCCCUAUAUCUUUUGAAAAGGACUGCUACCCAAGUCAUGGAGGAAAUGGUGCAACAGACCGGUGAUAGGAAUGGAACACCUGAAAUGUUGUCCACCAUGCUAGUGAGAGAGUGCCUCUUUAAAGUUGAGGUUGGUUUAAGAUUCGGUGAACGUGUCUAUACGGUGAAAAAUGUAACAGGAGAUGCUCGUGUCAUUGCUCAAUUUCCCUCUGGUGUAAAUGUUGGUUUGCAGGAAGUUGCUUCCAAGUAUAAAGAUGGUAGCAAUAUUAUUGAGGACGAACCAGAAGAAGAGAUUUCUGUUGAAAUGAAUGAAGAGACAUGUUCGAAUUCAACGACCACCUCAGUCACUCCCAAGAAACGUAAUCGGCUGAAAUUGUCCCCUACGGAUAUAGAUGGUGGUGAUAUACAAUUUUCAGCGACAAAGAGGCCAAAGAAAUCGAAUGUCAAUUAAUCUGAAUUUGUAGUGCUAUUGUUGAAUUUUGGUUGAUUUUAAACAAAUAUGGAUUAUAUGUUUUUUUUGGAUCCAAUCUGCUAUCUUCGAAUUUGUUUGUUUUUAAGUUAAAUAUUUGUUUCAUAAAUAUUAAGUUAAGCACCUCCUAGUGUCUACAUGUAACAAUUUACACCUUCCUCCCCCUUAAAGCAUUCACCAACGCACAAA